GAAAGGAGUCUUCAUCUUCUGUCUUCAUUGCUGGAACGUAAACAGUUUAGAAGCGAAUGCAUGACCUUGAGGCUGUUUCAUGCACUCUGGCGCUGUGUCAAAGGGAACAGUGGUUAGAGGAUAAUAACCCUGACAAAUGGCUCCUUCAUCACGUUACAGCGGUAAAAUGCUCCGUUUUGUCAGCGCCUGACUGGUUGUGUGUUUUGUUCCAAGUUUCUAAGAGUAAAAUAGAGCUAAUGGCACCGUGAGUUGUUGAAGUUUGUGGGAAUGGCUAAUUUUCCGAUGCUGACUGAGAUCACGUGGAAGCUCAUCUCUGUCGUACAUCAGAAAAUAUUGACACACGUCAGCACUAACUCACACGUACAGGAAGGAAGAGAAAGUUUCCCACAGCUCUGUUUCUGCUCUGACGGGACUUCAGACCAUGGUGCAGGGGCGUGCAGGAUGUUCAGCUGUGUAGAUCAAAGGUCUAAGCAGAGCUGUGGUGCCUACAGGCCGAUGAGGUCGUCAUGCGCCAGCCAUGGGUGACCGACAGAACACGAAUGAUGUAUCAGCAGACAGCUGUGCUGAUUAUCCUGAUCGAGCUUCCGCGAUGGAGGUGCGUUUGCAGGCACAGGAGGAUGAGAUCACACUGCUGAAGUCCUCCCUGGCUGAUGCUCUACGCCGGAUACAUGUUCACGAUCAGCUCCUCCCGUUACUGAAGCAGCAGCUGAUAGCAGUGAACCCAGGUGCAGCCCGGGUGUUGAACCAGGCGUAUUCAGAUGGUUGCGCCGGCAGCAGAAGACUCUCUUCAUCCUCAACCAGUGAUGGAAUCCACCUACCUGCUGCUGCCAGCCAACUGUCAGACAGCAUCCUGCACAAUUCUAAUGGCCCUAUGGGACCUCCAAUGUCCACAAGGCUUCAGAGUAGACCAGCAACACUGGACAAGUCCACUCAGACACAGACCGCCAUGUUGUUCGAAGAUGGAGAGCCGGACAAGGUCCUACUCUCAAGAGAAGUCCAGGAUCUGCACCUGGAGGAUGCCCUCCCUCCAGGUCAGCCUGUGCUUGAGGAGGUGCAAGCAAAGCUCCGUCAUGAUCCUGGCGUGGAGGACGAGAAGGAGGAUGAAAAACAUAGUCGGCAUGAAGACAAGGACCCGACUUGGACUUCAUCAGUGGAGGAGACGAUUCAGCCAACCACGGUAAGAUGCCUUCAGAGGGAGGACUCUCGGGAUGGAAGCUGUUCUCCAGAGGGUCCCAGCUCUGCUCCAGCCUCACUCAAAGGGUCCGACCAAAACCUCAGCUCACGCGCCGGGCCCCUCUCCAUCAUCCAGGAAAGACAGAAGACAUUGCUUCGUAGAAACAGCGAGAAGCUAUCGUACCCAGAGAAGCAGAGGAAAUGUCUGGACAAGAAGGCUGCCUCUUCGGCAAACCUUCUCGCCCGCUCCCCCAGCCUGGAAAACCGUGCAAAGGAGCUGAUCACCAGUGCAGGAUCUCCUGGCUCUAGAAGAGGAACGUACAGCCAAGGACAGUCCAUCAAAAUGUUCAUCCGUGGCCGACCCAUCACCAUGUACGUCCCCUCCAACAUCCACAACUAUGAAGACCUGAAGAUGGAGCUGCCCUCAGAGAGACUGGUGCUGGACUGGGUCUAUGGUUACCGGGGACGGGACUGUCGGGACAAUUUGUUCUUCCUUCCGACAGGCGAGGCAGUGUAUUUCAUCGCCUGUGUCAUUGUGCUGUAUCACAUCAACAAACGCACACAACGGCACUAUCUCAAGCAUACAGACUGUGUCCGAUGCCUGACCCUUCAUCCUGACAAAGUACGAGUGGCAUCUGGCCAGACAGCAGGCAUGGAUAAAGAUGGGAAGCCUCUUCAGUCGUGUGUCCAUAUCUGGGACUCCAACACUCUGGUGACACUGCAGCAGAUAGGCCUGGGAACCUUCCAGAGAGGGGUGGGGUCACUGGCCUUUUCCUUUGCUGAUUCUGGAGCAUUUCUGAGUGUAAUCGAUGACUCCAAUGAACACAUGCUGUCUGUAUGGGACUGCACAAAAGGGACAAAGCAAGCAGAAAUCAAGAGUACCAACGAAGCUGUGUUUGCUGUGGGAUUCAGUCCAACUGAUAGUAACAUCAUCGUCACCUGUGGAAAAUCUCAUGUCUACUUCUGGACUCUCAGCGCGGGACAGUUCACCAAGAAACAGGGCAUCUUUGGGAAAUACAAGAAGCCAAAGUUCAUUCAGUGCUUUGUUUUUGGCCUCACUGGAGAUGUUUUGACUGGAGAUUCUGAAGGGAAUAUCCUGACGUGGGGAAAGUCAGCUGCAGAUGUCAAAACUCUUGGUAAAGGAGCCAAAGAGACCUUCCAGAUAAUGAGACAGACGCGCGCUCAUGAAGGCAGCGUGUUCACCCUGUGCUCCCUACAGGGCGGCGCUCUGCUCAGUGGGGGAGGGAAAGACCGUAAGAUAAUCCGUUGGAGUGCUGACCUGGCUCCCGAGACCGAGUGUGAGAUUCCAGAAAGGCUUGGAACCGUGCGCACUAUUGCAGUUGUAGACGAGGGGGAGUUCUUGGUUGGUACAACACGAAACGCCAUCCUUAGAGGAACGUUUUCUGAUGGGUUUGUUGCCAUAGUACAGGGUCAUGUAGAUGAGAUGUGGGGUCUGGCUACACACCCCUCUCAGAACAUCUUCCUCACCUGUGGCCAUGACAGACAGGUGUGUUUGUGGAACACGGAGGACCACAGUAUGGACUGGUGCAUCACACUGGAGGAGUAUGGACUGUGUGCUGAUUUCUGUCCCAGUGGAUCAGUGGUGUCCGUCGGCCUCAGCACAGGAAGGUGGGUGGUCCUGGACCUGCUGACCAAGGAGGUGCUCUCUGACUCCACUGAUGGGAACGAGCAACUGUCUGUCAUGAGAUAUUCACCUGAUGGAAGCUUCUUAGCUGUUGGAUCUCAUGACAACUUCAUCUACAUCUACAGCGUGACUGAGAGUGGCCGCUGCUACAGCCGCCUAGGGAAGUGUAAUGGACACUCCAGCUUCAUAACUCACCUUGACUGGUCCAAAGAUGGGAAAUACAUCAUGUCCAAUUCAGGAGACUAUGAGAUCCUUUACUGGGAAAUUGGAGAUGGAUGUAAGCUGCUGAGGAACCGCUUUGAGAGCAAAGACAGAGAAUGGGCCUCUUACACGUGUGUGCUGGGCUUUCACGUGAUGGGUGUGUGGCUGGAAGGCUCUGAUGGGACGGACAUCAACGCUCUGUGUCGCUCUCACAGUGAGAGGGUGGUGGCCGUGGCCGAUGACUUCUGUAAGGUCCAUCUCUUCCAAUACCCCUGUCCUAAACUGAAGGCGCCAAGCCACAAGUACGAGGGUCAUGGCAGCCAUGUCACCAACGUCCGCUUCACACACAAUGACUCCCACCUCCUCUCAAUGGGAGGGAAGGACACCUGCAUUCUUCAGUGGAGGGUGGUCAGAGGUGGGGCAGGGAGCAGCAGGGAGAGGCUGCCCUCAGCUUCGUCCACUUCCACCAGCUCUCCGGAGCCUGCAGCCAGCUAGUGAGGGCUGCAUCCAUGGAUUUUGACCUCUGCUGUCAGUUUCAUCUUGACUUUUUUUUUUCAGAGAAAAGGACCAUAUUGAUAUCAUGCCUGAAACAUGUAGGUCCUUAUGAAACUGACCAGUGUACUACUUCCUGUAAACAUUCUGUUGCGUUUGCAGCGAGGAACCAUACAAAGUCAUGUUUGGUUGGUUUUUAACUUUUUCUUUGGUUCUUCUUAAGUCGUCAAAUGAACUAAAGUGUUGCUGAAGCCAUUUACAACAGGUGAUGACAAAGAUGUUUGACUUGUUUUUUUUUACAGUGUUUGUUGAACAUCCAAGUUCGGGACCAAGCUGAGUUUAUCCUCAUCAUAGAUGAGGAGGAGACGAACCCUUUCCAUUUAAAUCAAUGUUGAAUCUCUUUCCAAAUGGUGUUUGUGGCAAUAGAUCCGUCUGUUUAUAAAGUUAUUUUUGCUCUCCAUGUUGCUUAGUGCAAGUUCUAAAAGGGUAGACUGUACGGUGUGUUGUGUGUAAGUCGUCACUAGGGGACAGUGGUGGCCCAUGAACGGAGCUGCCGGGUCGGAUCUCUGUUCAGCAGAGACCUGCUGCUAGUUAGGACUAGAUCACCAGGUGUUCCUGUUAAAGCUUUGGGAAUAAUGUAGAUGGGAUGUAAACGAAUGUUUAACCGUGUUUGAUUCUAACUGAUCUUACAAAAGCAAAAAGCCAAUAAAAGCAUAAAACUGUU